AUGCACUGUAUGAGGGAUUCAUUCUCUGUAAAUUUUUUCAUUAUGGAUAAAACUACGUAUGCUAAGCUGAGUGCGGGAAAUCCAAAUACCCGGCACAGUAACAUAUACAUCCACACAAUUCUAACAACGAUUAAGAAAUACAAUAGAGAAGUAUCCUUUAAGGAAAUUGAAGCAGAGACUGGUAUAGACAUAGAGCGCACGCCUGGCCUGCUAGACCUUCUGAGUAAAAACCAAAGGAUUAUCACAGAGGGGAAAACUCUCCGGUUCAUACCUCUGCACAAAAUAGAGAGUGAAGAGGAGCUAUUAGAAAUACUCAAAAAAACCAAUUCUGAGCACGGCAUCCCCAUUCAAGAAUUGCUUGACAGAAGUAAUGACAUAGCCCCUUUUAUAGAUGGCCUGGUCCAGAAGAACCAAGCAAUUGUUCUGAAAGAUAUUGAUGGUUCAUCAACUAUCUUCUAUAACUCACUGAAUAUUAAGAAUGUAGACCCAGAAAUCAUAAAGUUAUAUGAAGAAGUCACCAUUCCAGAACCACAAGAACUGGCCAAAAGGCUAACAACCGCAGGAUUAUCUAUGAACAGUGCACAGGAAAAACCUGUAAGAAAGGCCAUGCCAAUUCAAAAGAAAAAGAAAUAUCAUAGAAAAAUAAAGAUAACAAAUACACAUCUAAAUAACAAAGAAUUGGAUAUUUAGCAAAGGACACACCUUCUAACUAGACUAUAAUCCAAAAAUAGAAAAUAAUUUUGUGCGAAAUUCAGAUUGUUCUGAAUUAUUGCUUCUUCACAAUUAGAAAUACCUAGAAAAGAAAAAUAAAACAAUUUUGUAUGCACUUUCUAUGAUUUUCCACUAAAGCCAAAAUAUGCAGUAUUCUUCCGUAAUAGAGUGUAAAUCCAAC